GAUCAGAAUUUUUUUUAGUAAAAAAGAGAAUAUAAUAAGUAACUAGUAUAAGUUUUGCCUUUGCCAAAUGUCUGGACUAGAAUUGGUCCUAACUUUUGGGAUUUUACUAAUGAAAGUAGCCAUAUCAGGCUCUAAGUCCAGUCCUCACCACGGAAGAGAACACCCAAACUUGAUCAAUUAAAAGCCUAGAUAGCUCCAUGUUUGGCAACAUUAUGUGCAACAAACAUUUUUUAAAACAAACAUUUCUUGCUUUGUUAACAAAUAGUGCAGAAAGGAUGCACUUUGUUCUAUGAAACUGGACUUUGCUCUUCUCUGCUUCUACCAAGCCUAGAACCUUUGACCUCAAGGUUCAAUAUAUGAUAUACAAACCAUUGAGGUUACAAAGAGGCUGGUACAAUGAAACUAGAUUUGGGGGUCCUCAUAUUUAUACAAUUUUUCAUUUCCCUUGUUGCCCUUUUUCAAAUAAAAUGGAGGCCUUAAAAUAGCAAUUCUGGUCCUUAUUAGACUGAUACAAGAUAAAGUAAGUUCUAUUUAUAUCAAAAUUGAGAACUUACACAAUAAUAGUGGAAUUGAGUUUUCCUUCACUCGUAGAAAAGGAAGAGUCCCUUGACCGAGGGUAUCAGGUGGAGUGUGAAGGAUAUCAGGGAAUAGCGAAGAGAAUUUUCGACUUUAUCCAAUGGAGGAUGAGAGUAAUAAUGACCCUAGAUGGGUGAAUGUACUCACACCAUAUUUGUGAGUCCUAGUUUUACUGACUUGAAAGACUCGAUUCCACUUCAAGUGAAGAUGGAUGACUAGCCCUGUUAAUUACAUAUAGGUCCUCAUUUGACUAAACCUAAAGCACCUAAGCACCGUUUAAAAAAUGGAGGAUAUGCACUAUUUUGGUGGGUCCUCAUCUAUAAAAGGGCAAGAUAGGAAAAAAAAUAUACUAAGUCUUAACUUUUCUUUUUGUAAAAGAGGAAAUACAAGCCCAAGAAAACAGGGCCAACCACACCGUGAGCCAAAAAAAAAAAAAAACAAACAAACAAACAAACAACACACUUAAAAGAAAAAAAAUAUGAGCAAAGGGGUAACCAUUGGGAGGGGCAAUCAAUUGAAUUUUCUAACUCAUCAGGUGUACUUGAUCGGAUGAAAAGGAGUGAUGCAAGUUUGGUUCACAUGACUGAAAUAUUUGAAGACCAAUGCGAUCACCCUAAGAUGCUACAAAGGUUCGAUCGUAUCAAGGCCUAUGAGGGUGGCUUAAGAGCUAGUCCUAUACCAUUGGACCAAGGGAGAACCAGCCUAGUCUAGUUCAGUCUAGCUUGUGCAAGAACUAGUUAGCUCACAUAUUCUUAAGUAGGAGUAUCCCUUUAGCUCCCUUAGUGGAUUUCUACAUCAUCAUCUCUUUGACUUCUCAACUUCUAAACUCUUCUUUAGUAUUUGAGGCAGAGAAGACUAUUGAAGAGUUCAGAUCAGUGGUCUUCUAUUUUCUCCUCGCUAAAACUUCAGAUUCUGCCAUGUCUUCACUAUCAGCAAAGAACAAUGAUAAGGGUGACUCCACAAAAGUGGAUGAUGUGGAAAACCAAGAAAAAGAGGGAACAAAAGGAAUGGACAGAAAACCAUCUGAGAUUUAUGCACCAAUGAAGCAAACACCAUCAAAGACCUCUGUGCUUGUUAAUUUUCUCCCCAGUGGAACUCUCUUGAUCUUCAACAUGCUUAUUGCACCAAUAUCUGAAAAUGGAAAAUGUGAUACGGUGAACUUUACAAUGAUGAACAUACUCAUAGCUCUCUGUGUUAUCUCCUGCUUCUUUUUUCAACUUGUAGAUAGUUAUCAAGAUGGCAAGAAAGUAUACCAUGGAAUUGUGACUAAAAAAGGGUUGCUAUUAUUCAACUCUGAUCUUGAGAAAAGAUAUAAAGAGGGAAAAGAGUACACCCUAAAGGCCACAGAUUUGAUCCAUGCAAUCAUGUCUGCUUUUGUAUUUGCAGUGUUUGCAUUAUCUGAUAAGCGUGUAAGGGAUUGUUUGUUACCUGCACAUGAAGCUGUAAUGGCUGAAGUGAUGAAGACUUUGCCUCUAAUUGUGAGUAUUGCUUGUAGUGGCCUGGUUCUCAUCUUUCCUGACACUCGCUUCGGUGUAGGGAUGCUUGGGUGACUAGAGGAUGCAGCUCUUGAAGAUCCAGCUUUGUCUCUUAUUUGCGUGUGUGUAAAAGUACUCAGAGAAUAUGCCCUUGAAGAUCGUGCUUUGUAGAUCUAUUGUUUGUCUGUUUUGUGUGAGUGUGUGAGAGACAGUGAGAAAGGGAGAGUCUAUAACAAAUAUUAUGGGGGAAGAGUUCUCUGGUAGAGAGUGUGGCUCCAGUAUCAAUGAGGAGGCCAAUAGGUGGGCAUCCAGAGCCAUCAAGGGAGUAAGCAUUUCCACCUUUCAUGGGGUGAGACAAUCAUUGCAACCCCCUAUAUAUCUGGUGCAGCAAUUAGGUACACUCCUAGACAGUCCUUUAUCCCAUAUUGUUCUCUAAGUUGUAUACCUCGACUCAGCUAGCUUGUAAUAAAUAUUGUUCUCUAAAUUGUGUACAUUGUCUCAA